AUGGGUAUUGUACUCCUCUCUCCGGCAGUGAGUGGCGGUUUCUCUUGGACCGAAUGGUCGGAGUGUAACGCUCGGUGUGGGCGGGGCUGGCAGCGACGAACGCGCAGCUGCACCAAUCCUGCGCCGCUAAACGGGGGAGCCUUCUGCGAGGGCCCCCCCUUCCAGAGAGUGACCUGCACCACCUUGUGCCCAGUGGAUGGAGGGUGGACAGAAUGGGCCAAGUGGUCUGCCUGUGGGACAGAGUGCACCCACUGGCGUAGCCGGGAGUGCCAGGACCCUCCACCCAGGAACGGAGGGAGGCACUGCAGCGGCAGCAUGAUGGAGAGCAAGAACUGCACAGAGGGGCUCUGCACACGCAAUAAAAAGGGUUCUGUUGAACAUGCAGCCCAUCCUCUGGCCCCAGGUAUGGGUUUAGCGGUCUACGCUGGCCUGGUGGGGGCGCUGUUGUUGUGUGUGAUCCUGGUGCUGUGCGUGGGCGUGCUAGCGUAUCGCCACAGGUGUCGCCAUCUCCACGGGGACAUCACGGAUUCCUCGUCCGCGCUCACCGCCGCCUUCCACCCCGGCAACUACAAGCCCCCCAGACAGGAUAACCCUCACCUCCUGCACCCCUCGGCUCCUCCGGACCUGACGGCCACGGCGGGGACCCUGCGCGGGCCUCUCUUCUCCAUGCAGCAAGGGGUCAGCGACAGCCCCCACAAGAUCCCCAUGACCACGUCUCCCUUGCUGGACCCGCUGCCCAGUUUGAAAAUCAAGGUGUACAACUCCUCCACGCUGUCCUCCCUCGAACUGCCUGCUGAGGGGGUCUUGGUGGACGGGGAGAUCCUCAGCCUGAAGUCCGUCGGCACGGUGGGCAGAGAGCGGGAGCACCACGGGCACACCCUGCCCAGAGAGCCCGGCCAUAGCACCAGCGCCACGCUGGGCAACCUGGGAGGGCGCCUCACCAUCCCCAACACAGGUGUGAGUCUGCUGGUUCCCCCUGGCACCAUUCCCCAGGGCAAGUUCUACGAGAUGUACCUCAUUAUCAACAAGUGGGAGAAAACCACAUUACCCUCUGAGGGCAGUCAGACGGUGCUCAGUCCCGUAGUGAGCUGCGGUCCGUCUGGCAUGCUGCUAAAUCGGCCCGUGGUCCUUACUCUGCCCCACUGCGCCCAGCUAGACACACCCACACCCGAUUGGACCCUCACCCUUAAGACACAAACCCACCAGGGAGCCUGGGAGGAGGUGCUGACGGUGGGAGAGGAGACUCUGUCGUCCCCCUGCUACCUGCAGCUGGAGGAGGAGAGCUGCCAUGUUCUGAUGGACCAGCUGGGCACCUACAGCCUGGUGGGCCAGUCCUGCCCCCCACAGCCUGCCUGCAAACGCCUGCAGCUGGCCCUGUUUGCCCCGAGAGCCCCUUGCCUCUCCCUGGACUACAGCCUCCGCAUCUACUGCCUCCACGACACCCCCCACGCUCUCAAGGACGUGUUGGAUCUGGAGAGGAGCCUGGGCGGGGUGUUGCUCGAGGACCCCAAGCCGCUUCUCUUCAAAGACAGCUACCACAAUCUCCGUCUGUCCAUCCACGACAUUCCUCACACGCACUGGAGAAGCAAACUCCUGGCCAAGUACCAGGAAAUCCCAUUCUACCACAUCUGGAGUGGCAGCCAGCGACCCCUGCACUGCACCUUCAGCCUGGAGAGGGGCAGCCUGGCCGUGUCACAGCUCGCCUGCAAAGUCUGCGUACGACAGGUGGAAGGGGAGGGUCAGAUAUUCCAGCUGCACACGGACAUCCAGGAGACACUCCCGCCCCACUCGCCCAUCCCGUCGGGGGGCAUCUGCCUUCCUUCCUCUCAAGUGGGACCCUAUGCCUUUCGCUUGCCUGGCUCCAUCCGCCUGAAGAUCUGUGCCAGUCUGGAUGCUCCGAGCGCACGUGGCUGCGACUGGAGACUACUGGCGCACAGCCUUGGCUUUGACAGGUACUUAAACUACUUUGCAACAAAGCCCAGCCCCACAGGUGUUUUACUGGACUUAUGGGAGGCUUGUCACCAAGGUGAUGCAGACCUGGUCUCUCUGGCGACCGCGCUGGAGGAGAUGGGCAAAAGUGAGGUGCUGGUCGUCAUGACAACGGAUGGGGAUUGCUGA